AGCUGAGAACACAAGGAGGCUGCAAGAGGUCGGGCAGCACGCACAGACCAGCUCCGGAGUCACCUUUUGUAACUUUUCGUCUCUCCUUUAUCUUGUUUUCUUUAAGUGCCAGUCAAAAUGAAGGUGUUUGCUAUCCUGCUGAGCCUCGUCGCCGCCGCCGCCGCCCGCAUGGCCUACCGCUUCUCCGACGGUUACCUGGACAUCCUCGGCGCCGAACCCGUGCAGAGCUUUGACUGCGUGGGUCGUCCCUAUGGCUACUACGCCGACGUGGCCUCCGACUGCCGGGUGUUCCACGUGUGCCUGCCCAUCCCUGACGAGACGGGCGAGGUGGCGCAGACGGCGCACUUCUCCUUCUUCUGCGGCAACCAGACGGUGUUCAGCCAGGAGUCCCUGACAUGUAUCCACGCCCAGGACGCCUUCCCCUGCAGCGAGUCCGAGGCCCUCUACCAAUCCUCCAACGGCGACUUCGGCAAGAUCCCCGAGGGCGGCAACCAAGUGUGACGGAGGGGGUAGCGGUGUGUGUGUGUGUGUGUGUGUGUGUGUGUGUGUGUGUGUGUGUACCCUCGUUCCAUAGUUUUUGGGGUUUUUUACAUGCAGGCGAAUAGGGAUGUGUCAACGUUGCUUCCUUCACGCCUUCAGUCUCGGGCAGGCGAAGGGCAAGACACCUCCCCCUUACCCUUGUGACGGACUGGGAGGCAGAGUACAAGAACGACAAUAACACUCCUCUUGAACCCUUGAAACACAAUAAACAGAAGAAUA